AUGGCCCCCAAAGAAGAUGGGCUGCCCCCUGGCUGGGAUAAUCUCGACAGGCAGAUGGGGCAGCUCUUCAUGAUGGGCUUCGAUGGAACGUCGGCCAGUCCUGAGAUUCGCUCUCUCAUUCAAAACUAUCAUCUAGGUUCAAUCCUGUUGACCGCUAAGAACCUCAAAUCUGCAGAGGAUGCGACCAGGCUGGUUCUGGAGUUGCAGACAAUUGCUCGGGAUGCAGGUCAUCCUGUGCCGUUGCUUAUAGCUUUGGACCAAGAAAAUGGUGGGGUGAAUAGCUUGUACGACGAGAUAUAUAUUCGGCAGUUUCCAAGUGCAAUGGGUAUUACGGCUACAGGUUCAAAAGCUCUGGCUCAUGACGUCGCUUUUGCUACAGCCCAAGAGCUCAAAGCUGUUGGAGUCAAUUGGAUCCUCGGGCCCGUGCUGGACGUCUUGACGAAUGUACGAAAUCAACUUAUGGGCGUUCGCACCUGCGGCGAUGAUCCGCAAGAAGUGUCCCAGUACGGGGUGGAGUUUAUGAAAGGUUACCAGCAGGCCGGCCUGCUAACUUGCGGCAAGCACUUUCCGUCGUAUGGAAAUUUGGAAUUUUUGGGAUCUCAAACCGACGUGCCCAUUAUCACGGAAUCGUUGGAGCAGCUCAGCUUGACCGCAUUGGUUCCUUUUCGCAACGCCAUAAUGAAUGGUCUCGACGCAAUGAUGGUGGGGGGUGUUUCUAUGUCAUCCGCAGGCGUCAAUGUCAUGCAUGCCUGUCUCAGUGAGCAGGUCGUUGACGACUUGUUACGAAAGGACAUGAAAUUUGAUGGAGUUGUUGUUUCGGAAUGCUUGGAGAUGGAAGCCCUUACCCAUAAUAUUGGCGUUGGCGGGGGUACGGUGAUGGCCAAGAAUGCAGGCUGCGAUAUAAUACUGCUGUGCAGAUCGUUUCAGGUACAGCAAGAGGCUAUCAACGGAUUGAAGCUCGGUGUGGAGAACGGCAUUAUCAACCGGGCUCGGAUAGAGGAAUCGCUACAGAGGGUGUUGGCCAUGAAAGAGAAAUGUACUUCAUGGGAGCAAGCUCUUAACCCUGGAGGUCUGCCUCUGCUUACUCAAAUGCAGCCAGCACACACUAGCCUCUCAACGGGAGCUUACAGCAAUUCGAUCUCGGUUGUGCGCGAUAACAAGAACCUGCUACCGCUAACCAACGUCUUGAGCGCCGACGAGGAGCUCCUUCUUUUGACCCCCUUAGUGAAGCCUUUGCCGGCCUCUGCCGUAUCCCGCUCGGUGACUGAGCAAUUGGAAAUGUCGGUGGAUGCGGUAGCCUGGGAUAGGACGGCUUCCGUGCUCAGUGGCGAAAGCGUCUUUAAGGAACUGGGAAGAUCGCUCUCGCGCCAUCGGAACGGACGUGUUCUGCACACAUCAUACACAUCAAAUGGUGUACGCCCAAUUCAUGAGAGUCUUAUUGACCGCGCCAGUGCCGUCAUUGUUAUCACCGCGGAUGCUGUCAGAAACAUCUAUCAACAGGGUUUCACCAAACACGUGUCUAUGAUCUGUAAGUCCCAGUUCACUCCAUCAGGCGAACCGCUAGAGAAGCCAUUGGUUGUGGUUGGGGCAAGUUCACCUUAUGACUUUGCCAUGGAUGCGAGCAUCGGAACCUACCUUUGCACAUAUGAUUUCACGGACACGGCUCUGGAAGCACUGGUCAAAGUUUUAUAUGGAGAAUUGACGCCCAAGGGCUCAUUGCCGGGCUCCUUUAAUCGGAGCCAGAAGCUCCACCAGGCAAGGCAACACUGGCUCGUGGAGAACUGGAACGAGGAGAGAGACUCUGAUGCAUUGGACGCACUAUUGAAGACGAUGAGCCCUGAGCUAUCUGGGGCAACACCCGGUAGUUUUCUACUGCGGAGAGACGACAUUGACGAGGCUCACUUUGUUGUCCGAAACAGUACGACUCGAGCCCUCUACGGCUUCUGCUCGACCUACUUCUUCCGAGCCACGGGCACGGGGGUUAUUGGAUCGCUGAUCGUCGACCCAUCACGACGGAGGCUCUCGAUUGGGAAUUCCCUCCACAACCGCGCCAUCCGAACGCUUCUGCAGCGGAAGGGGAUGAAGCGGUUCCAGCUCGGAUCUCGUCUGCCCGGGAUUUACCUGGGCAUUCCCUCCGCCAAUCCUAUUGAGAGAAAGAAACGGCGGCAGUGGUUUGCGAAUCUGGGCUGGAACACCGCCCUCUCUCGCCCCGUCUGCAGCGUUGCUCUCCGCAAUCUGCAAACCUGGUCUCCGCCCGAAGGCCUAGUGCACAGCCUUCAGAGCGCAGACGCAAAUUACGACCUUGUCCACGGCUGGGAUUACGCCGACUCGAUCAUCGACCAUGUCAAGACUAAUUCCAGACAGGGCGUAAUAGACAUAUACAAAAUUGCUUUGGGCGGGGCGCCGCAUUGCGGCAUCAUCCGGGCAAGAAGACCAAAUGACGGGGCGAUCCUCGGCAGCGUGGUUAUCUACAACGAACGAUCGAGCCUGGCGGAGCAUAUGCCCGCGAUGAAGGUCACGCAUGUGUCGACAGGGGGGAUCUCGUCCCCAGUGAUUUGGCCUUCGGUCGGGGAAUACGCAACUCUUUUGCAGGGGUUGAUCCUAUUAGGCAUCAAGCAGAUACGCAAACAGGGCGCAGACGCUGUUAUUAUCGAUUGUGUGGAUGCAGACAGUAACUUUGACUGGUUGACGGAGAUUGGAUUCAGCACGCUGCAUAGCUUCGAGGAAGUCAAUUGCGAUGCGGCGACAUGGACGAUGGUACCAGCUUCUUGA